AGGUACUUAGUGAAAAUCCUUCAGAGGUAUUUAAUACUGGAGUCGGCAGUCUCCCUCCUAUUCUCUGAAGCUUAUACAUAUAACCAGGUGGUGGCACAAAAAAGCAAAACCCAGAGAAAUACCGCAAGAUUCCCCAGUGUUUUUACCUCAGCAAGCUCUGCUACUCCAAUUGCUUGCCAAGAUGUGUGAUAUGGGGGGACUUGAUAAUCUGAUUGCCAACACAGCAUACUUGCAAGCCAGGAAGUCUGGAGAUGUGGACACCAAGGAUAUGCAAAAGCGGCGCAAGAACAUUAACCUACCUAAGGUUGAGGAAUGUGUUGAUAUUAAGAAUUCUAUUUGUCCGGAAUAUGAGAGCAUUUGUGAGCAGCAACCCAUUGGCAAGACAUUUUUCAAAGACUACGUGGCGACAGUGCCUGAAUACCAAUUGGCCCAAGAAUUCAUGGACGAAAUUUGUGCUUGGGAGUUAUCAGAAGAAAGCAUCAAGAAUAGUCUUCUAGAGGGCAUGGUCAACAUGUAUUUAAAGAAUAUUAGCAACGCUUACUUGAAAUUUCUUAGUACAGACCUAUCCAAUAAGUGCCAGUCAGCCUCCGCAAAUGAUUUUGAGAACCUCCUGCAGUUGGCCAGAGAAGAGACAAAAGACUUUCUUAAGGGAAAACCCUUUGAGGGCUUCAAGACCAGUCCAUUCUAUGAGAAAUUCUUGCAGUGGAAAGGCUAUGAGCGGCAAUCUAUAAAUGAUAAAUUCUUUGAAGAGUUCCGAGUAUUAGGCAAGGGAGGCUUUGGAGAGGUUUGUGCUGUCCAGGUGAAAUGUACCGGGAAGAUGUAUGCUUGUAAGAAGCUGGACAAAAAAAGAUUGAAGAAAAAAAAGGGUGAAAAUAUGGCUCUUCUUGAAAAGGAGAUACUUGAAAAAGUCAACAGUCGUUUCAUUGUCACACUGGCCUAUGCUUUUCAAAGUAAAUCCGCUUUAUGUCUUGUCAUGAGCCUCAUGAAUGGUGGGGACCUUAAAUUUCACAUUUACAAUAUGGGUGAAAGAGGCUUGGAAAGGGAUAGAGUCAUGUUCUACUCAGCUCAGAUUAUUUGUGGGAUACUGCACCUCCACUCCAUCAAAAUUGUCUACAGGGACAUGAAGCCAGAAAAUGUCCUCCUGGAUGAUAAUGGUCAUUGCCGAUUGUCUGAUCUGGGUUUGGCAGUAGAAGUCAAGGACGGCAAAAAAAUCACCAGCAAGGCUGGAACUAAUGGAUACAUGGCUCCUGAAAUCUUAAAGGACGAAAGUUACAGUUAUCCUGUAGAUUGGUUUUCUAUGGGGUGCAGUAUUUAUGAAAUGAUUGCUGGUCGAACACCAUUCAAGGAUUACAAAGAAAAGGUUGAAAAAGAUGAAGUUAAAAAAAGAACCAUAAAUGACGAAGUGCAGUUUCAGCAUGCUAAUUUUGAUGAACCAACAAAAGAAAUCUGCAAACUCUUCUUGGUAAAGAAUCCUGAAAAUCGUUUAGGAAGCAGGAGUAAUGAUGAUGAUCCCAGGAAACAUGAAUACUUCAAGUCAAUAAAUUUUCACAGGCUGGAGGCAGGUCUUAUUGAUCCUCCCUUUGUGCCAGAUCCAUCAGUCGUCUAUGCCAAAGAUGUUGCAGACAUUGCUGAUUUUUCUGAAGCUCGAGGAAUUGAGUUUGAUGACAAUGACAUUGAAUUCUUUAAGAGAUUUUCUACUGGUGCUAUCCCAAUACCCUGGCAAGAAGAAGUUAUUGAAACAGGACUCUUUGAAGACCUGAAUAAUCCCAACAGAAUAUCUGAAGUUGACUCCAAAUCUGGAAUUUGUUUACUCCUAUAAAUCUUAAAUUAAUAACAUAAAAGGUGGGAAUGCAUAAUUGAAUCUUCCAAGAUUUCAAAGGCUCAGAGAAGUUUAACGAGCUGUCACUGACAUCAUAAAGGCAAGCUGAUUAAUCUGUCCUUUUCCGUGCUGGAAAUUUUAUGACAAAACUUCAAGAUUCUUUUAUAAUAGUGAAAUAAUUUAAGAACUUGUGAUGGUUUCUGGACAAACAUUCAUAGCUAUUAGGACAGAGCACUCCAUUUGGGACUGCCACUCUUUUAUUAUAAUUCCAUAGUAACACACCUACCUUCUUUACAAAAUGGACCCUAUUCUUACAAAAAAGAAUAAAAUUCAAAUUGAUUUCAGUGAUGUAGAGAACUCUGAACACUUAUUUAACACAGAACUAUUUACAAAAGAAGCAUGCAAUUCUUCAAUUUCUUUUCCUUCAGGUGAAAAUAAACACUGGUGGAGAAAAGUGGGAAGUUUACAAAUAAAAGAGGAAAAUAUCUGGAUCUCAUAUACAAUGUUGUGAAUAAGAUGGCAAUUAUACAAUAAAAUUCUCAUCUGGAAGAACUAGUUUAUCUGCAUUGUAGAUUAAGCAUUAAUUUAUCAAGGAUAUUUUUAAAUACUGAUUUCAGUUUCCUAUCAGAUUUCUUGAUAGGAUCUUUUCACAUCGAUGAAAACCAUAGUUUAAAUUAAACAAAUUGACCGCACCAGUUUGUAACUGAUGUUUAAGUAGACAAAUACAAACGGAAUAGAAAUGUUUAUUCAGUGAGCAGUGAAUUUAAUUCAAUUUGUUAACAAUGUUUACAAGUGCAUUAAAACUUUGCAAAAUAAUAGUUAUAUAUGUAUAGCAUAAAUAUAAUCAUCUGGUUCUUAUAGAAUGCUUUGUGAAUGUCUCAUAUCCAAAAUCCACUUUUGACAUUGUGAAAUUAGCUUGUUCAGACCAAAGAAUGUGCACUAAAAAUGUAGGAAUUCUUCAUUGAGUGUAAGCUAUCACUUACACAAAUAGCUUGCCUGAGAGUCAAUUUCCAUGUUUGCACUAGAAAUUAUUUAUACAAGGAAAAGUUCGCUCAAUUCACCCUCCCCAAUCUCUUAGUUUUUUUAAAAAAUAGGGCCUGUCUGCAAAAAAAUAAAAAUAAAUGAAAACAGUUAAAUAUCUUGGGGGAAUUGAUGGCUGGAGAAUCUGCAGAGCUAUAACUCUCAUGAAUAUGAAACAAUAAAAUAUAUCCAUGGUGACGUUUCAGAGUACUUUCCAACUUGUCUCCAAACUUAUUUACAUGCAUUUUGCC